UAUAUCGAAAAAGAGCAAAGCCAUGACGAGCUUGGCCAUGGCUUCUCUCACACUCUCACUCUCAAAGCCUGCCUCUUCUUCUUCCUCCUCCUCUCACUUUCAUCGACAAUUUCGAACCAGAGCUUCUUCCUCUGCUGCUCCUGGUGUCGACCUCAACACCCUUCAAUCCGCCAUUGCAAAGAAAGAUAGCAGUGCGGUUAAAGAGGCACUUGAUCAGCUAAGUGAAGUUGGUUGGGCCAAGAAAUGGAGUUCUCAGCCCUAUGUCUCACGGCGUACGACAUCGCUUAGGGAGCUGACAACUCUCGGAAUUAAAAAUGCAGAAACUCUUGCGGUUCCCAGCGUCAGAAAUGAUGCGGCUUUUCUAUUCACCGUGGUGGGGACGACAGGAUUCUUAGGUCUUCUUGCUGGCCAACUUCCUGGGGACUGGGGCUUUUUUGUGCCAUACUUGCUUGGGAGCAUCUCUUUAAUAGUUUUGGGUGUGGGAAGCACUGCCCCUGGGCUUCUUCAAGCUGCCAUAUCUAGCUUUUCAUCAUUUUUCCCAGAUUAUCAAGAAAGAAUUGCUAGACAUGAAGCUGCUCAUUUUUUAGUUGCUUAUUUGCUGGGCCUUCCUAUCCUGGGGUAUUCUUUAGAUAUCGGCAAAGAGCAUGUCAAUCUUAUUGACGAAAGGCUGGAAAAGCUGAUAUACAGUGGGCAGCUUGAUGCAAAGGAACUAGACAGGUUGGCAGUGGUAGCAAUGGCUGGACUUGCAGCAGAAGGUCUGACAUAUGACAAAGUGAUUGGUCAAUCAGCUGAUCUUUUCAGUCUUCAGAGAUUUAUCAACAGAAGCAAGCCACAGCUUAGCAAAGAACAGCAACAAAAUCUUACUAGAUGGGCUGUUUUGUUUGCUGGGUCUCUCUUAAAAAAUGACAAGGAAAUUCAUGAAGCCUUAAUAACAGCAAUGUCAAACAAGGCAACUAUACUGGAAUGCAUCGAAGCAAUUGAGAAAGCUGCUUGAUUCUGCAGUCAGGAAUCCUGCAGGAGAUUCACUUUCACAUGGGACAUGCGGUAGUUGCUUAACCCUCAUUCUUAAUCUGCAACUAAGAAACUUGUACAAUUUUCUGUAAGUUACCUUUGCCCUACUGUAUAUCACAAGAUAUUCAUUCUGUAUCAACAAAACUUAAAAAGUUACGACGAUGAAAUGAUUCAUUGUA